GGGAGACAACGUCGUCAUUUCAAGGAGCAAUAAGUAUGCUUCUCAAAGUCGUUCAAGCCAACGCGGAGAACAAUACAUUGCUGUUUUGUGUGAACGGAAGUUGGAUAUUGAACAUUAACGACACCGAGGUGAAAGUAAUGGAUGACGAACUUUUGUCUUGUAAAUCGCUAAACAUAUCUUCGCUUGCUAAAUUUUAAUCAACGACUGUGCAUUUUCAAUAAUUGAAAUUAUUAUGAUAGAACACUACUAGUUCCAAGGAGACGGUCAAGCAUAGAUAAAAUCUCCUAAUCUUGAUAUACCACCGUUUUCUCGCACAGAUAUCAAAAUAUGUCGCCUUAGCCCCAGCUUUUCUUGCCAAUUA